AUGAGCUCAGAUACCUCUCGCGCUGGAACUCCCACCGAGGACUCUAACUCCUUCACUCCCAUCAACUCCCCCAAGGGCCGAGAGCUUGACGCAGCCAUGAAACCAAAGCAGGGAGAACAGGACGAGAACCUCUCUACCUCGGCUGCCCGAAGCCAAAAUGUGAAAGAAGCCAAAUCCUCACCCGCCAAAAAGCCCGGCACCACGCCUGCAAAGGGCUCUAGAGCCUCAUCCACCCCUAGUAAGCGAGCCCACAAGACCGCUGGCGACACUACAACCCCGACCAAGCGAGCCAGAAAAGACAGUACCGGCAGCCCCAGCACCAAGGGAGCCAGCCCACGCAAAGCAGCACUCCCGCCCGUCCCUUCCUCGCUCGCCGAAGCAGGAACGGAGGACAAGAUGAUCCUCAACCUGCGCGACGUUGAGGGCAAGUCGUGGGGGGAGAUCACCAAGCUGUUCAUCUCCGUUACGGGUAUUCAAGUCGGGGGCACUACGUUGCGGCUUAGGCAUGCGGCUAUGAAGGCCAAGUUUGUGGAGAUUCCGGAUGAGGAUGCCACCCGCCUCCUCCGCCUCAAGAAGGAAAUCGAAGACAAAUUCGAGUCUGAAAAGUGGGCGAGGAUCUCAGAGGCGAUUGUCACCGACGGAGGAGCCAAGUAUCCCACCGCGGCACUGCAGAAGAAGUUCAAGCAGUUGGAUAAGGAUGGUGUGUCUGCUGCUUCUAUUGCAGCCAAUUGUGGUGUUACUGCUUCUACAGGCGCUGUGAACAAUGUGAAUGGAGGAGACGAUAGCGAAGAAGACGAGGAUGAGGAGUAG